AUAAAACUAAAAAUAACUAGUUCCAAUGGAAGGCCUUAUGCAGAACCCUGACCAAGCCGAGCAAAAUGAGAUUACCGAUGAAGAAAUAGACUCCAAAAUAUGUGGAGAACUAAUGGACAAAGUCGAGCAACUAAACGAAUAUGUCAAUGAUGUCCAGGGAGAACAAAUCAUUCAAGUCAGAGUCCAGCAACUGGCACUUUGAAAAGUUCUUGUGAAUAUUCACAAAAAGGACAUGUUCAUAUUGGUUAAAGCCUAUUGAUCACUUGGAGAAGCUUACUUAUCCCAAAAAUACUACGAGCAAGCUCUUGACCAUUUGACAAAUGCUCUAAAGCUGAAUGGUACUUUAUUCUCCCAAUUCGAAGAAACUAAGAAAUUCCAUGCUUACAUUUUGACCUUGCUAGGAAAAUGAUAUAUGGAAGCUGGCUCCCUGAACGAUGCCCUUGGCCUCUUAGAGAAAUCACUAAAAAUGAACAAAACUGUACUUGGAGAGGAAGACAUUUCCAAUGCAAGUAUAUACCUGACCCUUUCCAAGGUAUACUCCAAAAAGAAGGACUAUGACAAAGCAUUGAACCAAUUAUCAAAAGCUUGGGAGCUAACAGAGACCAAGUUCGGAAAAGACUCAAUAGAGAUAGCCCAAGUCUACAUUGACAUGGCCAAGGUUUACCAUAAAAAGAAGGAAUAUGAAGAAGCCAUUGAACACCAACUGCACGCAGUUAAUAAUUUCAGGAACAGAGAAGAGGACUAUAACCAGGAAUCAACUGCCAAAAUGAUGAUUACCCUCAGUGAAUGGUACUCCAAAGUAGAGAAACAUGAAGACGCCAUCACAUGGCUCAGAGAGACAGAGAAGUUGUAUGAAUACAUCUAUGGUGGCCUUGACAAGAAAACCACUAAGAUUAAAAGAGACAUCGCCUUGCUCCUCCUCAAAGAUGGAAAGUACGAUGAUGCAUUGGAAGAAGUACUCCAAGUUGAGGAGAAAGAGAGGCAACUCUAUGGAGAGACCUCACUUCAACUAGGAAAGACAUAUAAGCUCAUUGGUACUCUCUAUAUCCUUAGAAGGAUGCAGAAUGAGGCCAAGGCAUACUUACAGAAAGCUCAGACCAUAUUUGAGCUAAAAGGAGCUACAAAGCUGCUAAAAGAGGUUAAGACUAAACUAAAUAUGGCCAAAAAUGGUUCAAGAAUGGACCACCAACUCGCUGGUGAAGAGCAUACCGAUGAAGAAGAAAGUAAUAAGAAACUGAAGAAGAAAAAGAAGAAGGGAGUCUCUAAGAGUAAAAAGAAGAAGACCAUUAUAAGGAAUAAUUUUAUGGGCUAA